AUGCCACUCAGCAUUGAUACGUUUCGUUUCUUAGCAGGUGCGGCGCGUACAAUAACGGGCUCCGCGGCAGGUGAGUAUGUGCAAGGGCAUACGUCGAUGAUACGCAAGGACCCGAUUGGCCCAGUUGCUGCAAUUGCACCGUGGAACUACCCAUUGAUGAUGGCCUCUUGGAAGCUGGCAGCGCCGCUGGCAUCAGGCUGCAGUGUUGUAUUAAAACCGUCUGAAAUAACGCCGUUAUCAACAUUGAAGCUAGCACAGCUUAUUGUAGAUGCGGUACCCAAAGGAUUAGUCAAUAUCAUUGUCGGUAACGGGCCGCAAUCU